AUGGAUUACGACUUUAGCCUAGAAAUAAUUUCAAUUCAACAACCAACCUUUACAAUCCCAAAACAUGAUCCUUUUAGUAACAAUUUCUACAUUAAUUUGAAUUGCACCCAAACUAAUUAUCCCUUGCAUAUCAAUGCCUCAAAUUCAACCUUUGAUUUUAUGACCAAGGUGAAUCGAACCUUGUUGGUUCCUUGUGAUAUCUUAUGUAAAUGUAAUGAAGUUACAAUAUUAGAUGAAGCUGCCAAUAUUUUCUUAUAUGACUCUUUUUCUUCUGUGCCUAUUUCUUCUACCAUAUUAAAAGAAAUUCUACCUCAUCUUGGUGAAUAUGCUAGGGAGAUGAUUGCAGACAAUGAUGAAGGUCAUAAUAUGUGGGAAUUAGAUGUGACACUUGAUGUUAUUACAUGGUAUAAUGAAGAUCGUGAUGCUGUGGUAUCCCUAUUUAAUGUGGAUAUGUUGAAAAAUGUUGGAAUGGAUGAUUCUUUUUGUUACUCUACAAAUCAAUGUCCAAUUUGUUUGGAGGAAUUCUUAGAUAGGUCAAAUUCAAAAUUAGGAUAUGUUGUGACAAAAUGUUUACAUAUUUUUCAUAGGGAGUGCAUUUUUCAAUGGUUCAAAAGAUGCAUGAAUAGUGGUUUACCCUACUCAUGUCCAUUGUGCCGUAAUCAUCAAAUAAUCUAA